AUGUCGCAAUCAUCACCAAGUUUCUGGAUCCGAGCGUCGUUGGACGGAGCCGCCAAGGGCGUUGAGAAGGAGGUUCAAAAGGGCGUCGACGAGCUGCGCAAGAAGACUGGGCCCAUCGAGCUGUAUUCCACAAAGUACUUUUUGGCCUGCACCAUUGGAGGAAUCAUUGCCUGUGGCCCCACCCAUUCGGCCGUGACUCCUCUGGAUGUGGUCAAGUGUCGACGACAGGUGGACCCUAACAUCUACAAGGGCAAUCUGCAGGGCUGGUCCAAGAUCAUGGCCACCGAGGGCUUUGGCGGCAUCUGGGCCGGUCUGGGAGCCACCUUUAUCGGUUACUCCUUCCAGGGAGCCGGAAAGUACGGACUUUACGAGGUGUUCAAGUACCAGUACUCCCAGCUUCUGGGCGAGCCUUACGCGUCCAAGUACAAGACGGGAGUGUUCCUGGCGGCCUCUGCCACCGCCGAGUUUAUCGCCGACAUCUUUCUGUGUCCCUGGGAGGCCAUCAAGGUGCGAACCCAGACCACCAUUCCUCCCUUUGCCAAGGGCCCUAUUGACGGCUGGAAGAAGAUUGUCGCCUCCGAGGGUCUGGGCGGUCUCUGGAAGGGUCUGGGUCCCCUCUGGUUCCGACAGAUCCCCUACACCAUGGUCAAGUUUGCUUCGUUCGAGAAGAUUGUCGAGAAGAUCUACGAGUAUCUCGGAAAGCCCAAGAAGGACUUCUCCACCGCCCAGCAGAUUGGAGUCUCCUUUGCCGGAGGUUACCUGGCCGGUAUUCUGUGUGCCGUCAUUUCCCACCCCGCCGACGUCAUGGUCUCCAAGGUCAACAGUGAGCAGAAGCCCGGCGAGUCCACUCUGCAGACCGUGGAGCGAAUCUACAAGCGAAUUGGUUUCAAGGGUCUUUGGAACGGUCUGCCGGUGCGAAUCUUCAUGAUUGGUACCCUGACCGGUAUGCAGUGGCUCAUUUACGAUACUUUCAAGCUGUCGGUCGGUCUGCCUACUACUGGAGGUCAUUAA